UCCAAGGGACAGCGAGUGGGCUGGGCUUCUGCGGGGAGCGGCCUGGGGUCCCGGCGCUCCGCUGUGGCCCGCGAGGCGGAGAAUCGAGAAGGGGGCUCGGCCUUUCCCCGCGUGCAGAGGCCUCCAGAGCGCUGCGCCCAGACUCCGGCCGCUGACCGGCACACGGCGACAGAGCCAGCCCCCGGGACAUGUUUCCUGGUCUGGUGCCCACGCACGGGAAGCCACUGGGAGGCCCCUGGCUGUUGACAAGACAAUCGCUUUGAUAAAGCUUCUUGGCAGAAUCCACAGAUCCCCAAGUAGUUAACUUCGAAGGAAAUGAGACGAAACGGCACCCAGACAACGGCCGCCACGGCCCACGGCGGCGGAUCCUGCAGUGCCCGCGCCAGGGAUUUAAUGCGCAAAACGGCAGUUACACGGGACUGGCAUAUUUGGUACCCUCCCACUCAGAAGCUCAUGAACUUCAGACCUCACUCUUCACCAUGUAGAGCGUAUUCAAGGAAUGGUUUCCAACAUACAUUUAGACCUUCUUCUUCAACCACUGCUAUUGCAGAUCCAACACUGUCCUUCUUAGAUGUGGAACAGAUUUUAUUUCAAAAAAUCACCGACAGAGGGGACGAGUUGAAAAAGGCCUUUCAGCUGCUCGAUCCCGGUCACAGCAUGACGGUGUCGAAGAGUGAACUGAAAAGAAUUGUCACCACCUUCCUGAUGCCUCUCACGAGAGAACAGUUUCAAGAUGUCCUGGCUCAGGUCCCCCUCAGCAGCUCUGGGGCUGUCCCUUACCUCGAAUUCCUGUCCAGGUUCGGUGGAAUGGACCUCAAUAUAAAUGUUAUAAAGGGGGGAGGUGGGAAUGAAAUGGAUUGCUGUCGCACAGUAAGAGACCUUGAAAUCCAAGUAGGAGAAAAGAUUUUCAAAAACAUUGAAACUGUUAUCAAAGCCUUCAAGCUCAUUGAUGUUAACAAGACUGGUCGGGUCCAGCCCCGUGAGCUGAGGAAAGUUCUGGAGACCUUCUGUUUGAAGAUGAGAGACGAUGAAUAUGGACAGUUUGCAGAACACUACAACAUUGAUAAAGACACCACCGUGGACUAUAAUGUUUUUUUGAAGAACCUCAGUGUAAAUAUUGACUUGAAUCAUAGAUAUAAAAUGGGAAAUCCAGAAGUCUCCUGGGAGAAUCAAUCUGUCAAAAAUUCCAAAAGGGGGUUCCUUCACAGCUCUGCUUCCUCUGAGGACGCCUGGGAAAACUGCUCCCUGGAAGACAUCCAGAAGACCUUCUGCCAGGAGCUUUCCAAGGCCUAUGGACAGGUUGAAAAAGCCCUGAGUGCAGGGGACCCCGCCCAAAGUGGCUAUGUGUCUUUGAAUUACCUAAAGAUUGUCUUCGACACCUUUGUGUACCGAUUGCCAAGGAGGAUUUUUAUCUCGUUAAUGAAGAGAUUUGGACUUAAAACCACCGCUAGAGUCAAUUGGAAACAAAUCCUAACCUUCCUUUAUGCGCCCCGGUGGGUGGAAAUGAACAAUACGAUUCUCCCGACCAAAAGAAACAGAAAUCAGUCUCACAAGGAAAACACUCUCACAAAGUUAUCUAGACCCGAGGAUCACUAUGCGUCAUUGAAGAAAGCACUGCUGAAUGCCACCACCAAACCCGACGGACAGAUACGGGGAGAAGAAUUGCAACAUAUUCUAAAUUGUGAGGCUGUAAAAAUCAGUGAUUCAGAAUUCAAAGAACUAAUGCAGACGCUUGACCCUGGGGGCACUGGAUGGGUCAAUGUCAACAGGUUCACCCAACUGCUUGAAGAGAACUCUGAGGUGGAAGAGAUCGUUCGUGACUCAAUUACUAGGAAUCUACAAGCCUUCUAUAAAAUGCUACAGUCAUAUGACCUCCGAGGCACAGGGCUCAUUGGUCAGAAUAAUUUCAAGAAAGUCAUGCACCUGUUCUGCCCCUUUUUAACAGCUGAGCAUUUACUGAAACUCUGCGGGAAGUUUCAGGAUAUCACUUCGGGAAGAAUCCUCUACCGGAAAUUUCUGGCACACGUCGGAAUUAGUGAUCCACCCACCACCUCUUCAGGUCUGGUUCCAAUGGAUCGAGCGUUAGGUGAACAUCAUCGUCAGGAGGAACAGCAGCCGCCGGACCUUCCUGAGAGAACCAAGCCCGCUGGAGACAAAAGCACCCUGACCAAGAAAAUGACUAAGGAUGGAGCGAUUGGAGAGCUCAGGAGAUGUAUCCAGCAGCAGGACCCAGCAUUCCGGAAAAUAUUUCUUGAAUUCAGCAAGAAACCUGACGGCAAAGUUAAUGCGCAAGACUUCAAGAAGGUACUGGAAGAUAGUGGAAUGCCCAUGGACGAUGACCAGUAUGCUCUGCUCACUGCGGAAAUAGGAUAUAAGAGAGAAGGGAUGAGCUACCUGGAUUUUGCAGCAGGACUUGAAGACACGAAAAUGAAGGAGCCAGGAGUGGCUCCAUCGCAGACUCCGGUUCUCUCCAAGAGUGACCUGGACGGCCACUUUAUGACCGCGGAAGAAUGCCUGAAGCACUUCCCGCAGAGGCUAAAGGAAACCUUUGGGGACCCCUACUCUGCCUUCUUUAAAAUAGACACGGACCGGGAUGGCAUCAUCAACAUGCACGACAUGCACAGGCUGCUGCUGCUCUUACUGUUCAACCUUAAAGACCAAGAGUUUGAACGCUUCCUGAGCCUUCUUGGCUUGAGACUCAGCGUCACACUCAAUUUUCGGGAAUUUCGAAAUCUGUUCGAGAAGACAUCUUUCAGGACAGACGAUGCCCCUCAAAGACUCAUUAGACUGAAGCAGAAGGUUGCAGAUUCAGAAAUGGCUUGUGAGCAGGCCCAUCAGUACCUCGUCACCAAAGCAAAGACCAGAUGGUCAGACUUAGCUAAGAAUUUUAUAGAAACCGACAGGGAGGGCAACGGCAUUCUCCGGCGGCGGGACGUGAAGAACGCGCUGUACGGCUUCAAUAUUCCUCUAACGCCCAGGGAAUUCGAAAAGCUCUGGAUGAGGGACAAGCUUGAAGACCAUCAUCACGGUAUCAGCAAAGCAGUCCCCAAACUGGAGAGACCCCAAAACGGCCACGUGCCCACAAGCAAGAUGCGGAAAGUGUUGCAGGAGCGCGGCUCUCGCCUGACCGAGCACGAGCUGACCGACCUUCUGAACAGCUGGGGAAUCAGCUGGCGUGACAAUGCCUUCAAUUACCUUGACUUCUUGAAAGCGGUGAAGAACGGCAAGGCAGCGAGACCUCAGCCGAGAGAAAACGAGAGCGUGCCCAUCGAUUCCGAGACGCUGGACCCAGUGGAGGUCAUGAAGAGCGUGCAGGACGUCGCCGGCUCCUCCUGUGCGGACUUGUCAACGACUGCUGCCCAGUGGGCCAAGGAGAGGCCCCAGGGCCCCCCACCCACGGCUCCCAAGGAGGCAGCACCCCAGGCGCUCCUGGCUCGGGUCCACCAGGCGGUGGGCGCCCACCACCCUGCUAUCGCUCAGGAGUUCAACAACUUGGACACCGCGAAAACGAACACCGCCUCCAGGGACGAAUUCAGGGCCAUCCGUGCCCGCCGCGCGCAGGUGCUGACGGAUGAGCAGUUUGACAGACUGUGGAGUGAGAUGCCGGUCAACGCCAAGGGCAGGCUCAAGUACCUGGACUUCCUGAACACGUUCGGCUCCGAGAGAGGGGCCACACCGUCAGCCUCCGGCGGUUCAGCCAAGGCCCAGCGAGGCAGCAGUGUUCCCGAAGUCUCGGAGACAAGCAGGUCCCCAGCUUCAGCAUCACCCACCCAUGACCUCAAAGCAGGGCUGAAGACGCAGAGCACCCCCAGUCCCCCGGCCGGUGAGCGCACGGCCCCGGACACCACGCCCUCUCAGAGCUGUGAGUCCAUAGACAGCAAGCUCCGGAAGAGCAUUCAGGGCUGCUGGCGGGACUUGCUGAGAGCAUGCCAGGAGAGGGACGUGGCCAAGCAGGGGGACAUCGCCGCGGCCGAGUUCCUGGCCCUCGUGGAGAAGUUCCCUCUGGAUAUAAGCAAAGAGGAAAGUCAGCAGCUCGUCACGCAGUAUGACUUAAAGAACAACGGGAGGUUUGCCUACUGUGACUUCAUUCAGAGCUGUGUGCUGCUGCUGAAGGCCAAGGAGCCCUCCCUGAUGCAGAGGAUGCAAAUUCAGAACGCGCACAAGAUGAAAGAAGCCGGUGCUAAGACUUCUGCCUUUUACUUGGCUUUGCUGCGGAUUCAGCCCCAAAUCAUGCACUGCUGGAGGCCGAUGCGGCGCACCUUCAAAGCCUAUGAUGAGGGCCAGACGGGGUUCUUAAGCGUGGCUGACUUCCGGAAGGUCCUGACGCAGCACGGCAUCGGCCUCUCGGAGGAGGAGCUCUUCCACAUCCUGCAGUACCACGACCAGACGCUGUCCUCCAGGAUCCCCUACAACGACUUCCUGCGGGCCUUCCUGCAGUAGGCGGCUGCCGCCACGCGCCCCCGGCGCAGGCGGGGCCCCGGGCCUGUGCUGAGACGAACGAAAUCACAGAAGCCCCGUGUCUUUCCCAGCAGUUGAGACUCCGCGCUGCCCUGUGGCUGCAGCGCCAGCCUCAGCCCUGCCGGUGGCCCCGGGCCGCCCACGAAGCCACGGGACCCUUCACUCGGUUGGAGCAAAUAAAAUGUUAGUCUUCGCAGAAA